GCUACCAUCUGAGCUGUAUUCUUAGAUCUUUAUUUCUGAAAGGGAUCAGUUUUCCUCAGGUGCCAUGAAGGCACUAGUAGCUUUAAUACUGCUUGUUCAGCUUCCAAUUCACAAAGCUGUACCAGCAGCUCCCCCUGCUCCCUUGGGCUGUGAUGACCCAGAAUCUGAAGCAGCAGCUGAAGUUGCUGUGAAUUAUAUUAAUGGCCACAGUCAUCAUGGAUACAAGUUUGCCUUAAACAGAAUCGAGGAUAUCCGCGUGGUACCCCAGGGGCCAAAUAAUGACUUAAUAUUUCUUGAACUUGACUUACUGGAGACCAAGUGCCCUAUUCUCAGCCCUACACCUCUUGCAAAUUGCACAGUGAGGAGCUUUGCAGAGCAUGCAGUUGAGGGUGACUGUGAUGUUAAAAUGCAGAAGGUGGAUGGGACAUUAUCUGUACUUGCUAGCAAAUGCCACUCACAUGCAGACUCCACUGAAGACAUUCUUAAAGUCUGCCCUGACUGUCCACUGCUGGCAAGAAUGAACGACACAGAGGUGUUGGAAACAGUGUCAGCUGCUCUCAAUGACUACAACAGCAAAACCACCGAUUCUUACCUCAGACUGCUCGAGAUCGGAAGAGCCAAAAUACAGUAUCACCCAGGGCACGUUGUUGUUGCUGAGUUUGCCGUGGGUGCCACGAACUGCUCUGCAGAAGAAGCCAAAGCCAACGCGGGGGCUUGUCAGCUGCUGCCCGAGGAUCAGUCUAAUUUUGGUUUCUGCACAGCAGUGAUGGUAAAAAGUCCCUCACAAGACCUUCAGGUGGACUGCCAGUUGUAUGGACAUCAGCCUGGAGUUACCUAUGCUCAUCCAGGUCAAGACACAUCAGCAGGACUGGCACCCAGUGCUGUAGGCGUCACAAACCACAAUCUUGGGCUUUUCCACAAUAACCCUGUUGCAUCUGAAUCCAGCUCUUCAGAAAUUUUGCGUUCCAUGCUCUCAGCAAAAUCAGUAACAAAGAGAGCAGUUGCAGAGGCUGCUCAGCAUGACAAAGUACCUCGUCCAGUUGGCUUUGUGCCUCCUCCUCCUCCCUGCCCUGGGAAGAUUCGCCAUUUCGAUAUCUAGGCUGUGUUUCAGAAUGCAAGGCAGCCAAACUGAGGGAUCAGUGCAACAGCAACACACAGACCACAGCAUCGACUACAAAUAGGUGAGAACACUUGACUCUGAGCCUGAAUGAGUUUUA